ACACACACACACACACACACACACACACACACACACACACAGAAGACCAAUGUUAUUCAUGAUCAUUCAAUGUCCUGCUGCUUUACAAAGCCUCAAACAAUAUUAAUAGAACCGCAGAGUCUCUUAUUUAUUUCUGUGCAGUUAAGUUCUCAGAUUUUCAUACUGAACGAUUCCAAAUGGAGAACUUUGUUAAUUAAACAUUUAUUUUGUCUGUUGUUCAUUUCUCUCUUCACAUUAAUGUCUUUCAGUUGAAAAAUUUAACUUUAAAAUCAUCACUGACCCAGCAGACCUGAUGAAAUUUGUCCAACAUCUCAAAGAGAGUAACAGGAAGAAAGCACAAAACCAGGUCAAAAGUCGAGGAGAGACGCUGACAAGUGACAGCGUGACAGAGAAGCUUGGCGAGGAAGAGAAAGAUGAAGAUGAACGACUACUACACGAGUUCGAGGAUGAGAUGGUCGAUCUCUCCGUGACCACUGAGAAGAUUGAAGAGAUAAAGGAGGAAAUGCAGAAGGAGUUUGACAACAUCAUAAACGAGGCUCAGCAGGAAUUAGAGACAGAAGGUCUAAAAGGGGAGUUUGAUCGCACUCAGGCAACACAGACACUGGAGACGACGCUGGACAAGCUACUUGAUCAUCUGGAGGAGAAAGACGUCCAGGACCCAGAGCAGCAAACACCAGGAGUCCAAAGAGCCAGUGACCCCACCAGGGGCAGCCCCAGCCUGGCUCCGAAGCAGCCAGACCAAGCAGCCGACGACCAUGUUAAGAUCAAAAUUACUAAGUAUAAGACGGGCAGCAGCCCUGAUGGGGAGGUCAAAGUUCAGGAGAUGGGCGAAGGAGACCCCCAGUGGCAGCACAUAAAGGACGUGGUUAAAGAACAGCUAGAGAGAGCAGGACUGAAGGCUGAAGGUAAAAUUGAGGUGAAGAUCUUGACGCGAAAAAAUGCAGAGGAGGCAGGUGAUCAGUGGCUGACAGAAGAAGAUACAAAGUCCUUCAGGGAGCUCCUCAUAAAUCUCCUGGUAAUUUAAGAAGUGAUAGUAACUUUUUAUUGGGUUCAUUCGGAGCCCUCUGGGUGGGGCUUAGGCUCACAAUGCUGUGUUUACCAGCAGCUGUGUGCUGUAGAGUUCCAGCCCUUAUUUCCUUUACUUAAUUUACUUCAUCACAGAAAGCUGCUCUUUAAAGUAUAACAGAAUUUAUUGAAUUCCAAUAAUACUGAUCAAGUCAAUAAUAUCUAAAACUAACAACUACUACUUUAAAAUUAUGAGCCUACCAUCUAAAAUCAACAAACAUUCUGGUGUGUGUGUGUGUGUGUGUGUGUGUGUGUGUGUGUGUGUG